CAAGUGAAAUGAUUUUCUUUGUCAUAUUUUAGGAACCAAAAUUCACUGCACAAAUUGUGGAAAAGGAUGAUGUGGGAGAAGAACCCAGUGACAUAGAAGAAGGUGGACUAGAUCUUAGUGUACAAUUAAAGCCAGUUAGUUUCUACAUCACAGACAAGAAAGAGAUGCUUCAACAGUGCUUUUAUAUCAUAGGAGAGAAGAAACUGCAGAAAAUGUUGCCUGAUGUUUUAAAGAGUUGUUCCAUAGAAGAAAUCAAAAGACUUUGUCUUCAACAGCUGGAACUGAUGUCUGAGAAGAAGUUACUGAAAAUACUUGAAGGCGAGAAUGGGGCUGACUCCGACAGUGAUGAAGAAGCUGAUGGUGGCGAAGAGAAGACAGUUGUUGAAUCAGUCAGUCAGCAAGACAAUAGCAUAGAUUCUACUUCUUCACUAAAAGAAGACAACAAAUUGGAAGGCUUGGACUCAAAACAAGUUUCAGGAAAAGGAGAAGAUAGUGAUGUUCUCAGCAUCAAUGCAGAUGCCUAUGACAGUGACAUUGAAGGCCCAUGCAACGAAGAAGAGAAUCCAGAUGUGACAGAAAAGACAAUCAGAAGUGGAGAUGGCCAGAUAGAUGACCUUCAAAAGGACAUUGAGAAAAGUGUCAAUGAGAUCCUGGGGCUUGCUGCAUCCUCCCCAAAGGAGUCUAAGGGAGCAACAUUAGCUGUUCCUCCAGCAGAUGAUAUUCAGCCGUCAGCACAGCAGCUGGAGCUCCUGGAGCUUGAGAUGCGCGCAAGGGCUAUUAAGGCCCUCAUGAAAGCUGGAGAUGCAAAAAAAUAGCCCCGGGGCUGUUUCAUUUGCAAGAUGUCUCUAUUUGUUCUGAUGGGUGUGAUGUUAGCUCCCUUCAGUACUAAAAUAGGUUUGGACUCAUUUUGACAUUCCUCAUACAGAUCCUUUGUGUAUCCUAACUCGUGGCUGAAACAGUUGUCAGCAGUCUGUCAUUGCCACCAGAAUGCUUCUUUUGUGACGUACAGAAAUGGAUUGGUUUGAUACCAUUUGCCUUAUUGGUUGCUUAUUCUUUCUCUCAAAUUAUUUCUCAUUGAGAUGUAUGAAACCCACAGUCAUAGACAAUAUGGAUCUCUAGCUAUGUUUUAGUACUGCACAGAGCCAUAGAAGAGCUGAGAGUCUUUAGGCAACUUGUACUUAGGAUGGGUGAGAUGUGUUUGGCCUUCUAGAUGUUGUUAGAUUGUAGUUUCCAAAGGACAUCAGCAUGGCUAGGGCUAACAGGAGCCAGAGGCGUUUCCAAUAACUGAUGUAUAAGGUUUACUUGUGGGAGUAAAGAAAGAGCCAUUGUGCAUUACAGGUGUAAUGUUUUAGGAUGAGCAAGUACUCAGUAGAAUCCCAGAGAGCUUUCUAAAACUGUACCCUCAGUGGAAUCCUCAAGAGCCUUCUAAAAUUGAUACAGGAUAUAGGCAAUGCAGUGAUAUGUCUGACUUGUAUGAUGUGGCACUUAGCCAAAAUAUUGAUGUAAGAUCUCAAUUGUUCUGGGCCCUAGGAUGCUCUCAGUUCUUAGUGUGGGUCAUAGCAUCCAUACUCUGUGUAAUCUAGAAAAACACAUUGUCUCCCUUAGCUAUAUCAUGUGUGUGCAUCUUAAAACAUGCUGUAAAGAACUGAAGAAAAUGUGGUGCAUGAGUAUAGAUCUGUAUGGUGGCCAGUUGCUGAGAACAGAUAAAAAAAGAAUGGCUAAACUUCAGAAGACUGAAAUGCAUCCUUAAAUUGUAGAAAUAACAUGGUUUAAAAAACAAUGUUUAAACCCCAAACUAAGAAGCUGUAGAAGUACCUGUCUGUUAAUACUCCGUGUGCUACAGCUGUUUCCUUUCUUGGCAACAGUGAUACUGUUCUCUUCUUUCAUUACUCUUGACAUUUUCUAACUUUAUUUCUUUUGUAAAAUAGACAUUUUCUCCUAAUUAGGAGAGCUGUAUUUAUUUGUUACAUGUGCGUUCUCCCUGUAAGAUGAAGCAGAGCAACGCAGACUCUGAACCGUCCAUACAGUUAAAUACUGUUGCAUCAGUGGUGCAAAUUAUCAAUGGCCCUUAUUCAGAAUGCUUAGCGUAACAACACACCAUUUU